AUGCUCGUUCCUGCGGCUCGGCCCCACGCCUGCAGAUGCUCUCUCGCCGCCGCCGGCAGAGCGGGCCGGAUGGACAGCGGCGUCGGAUUCGCUCGCGAGGCCUCCGUGCACACCGUCGCGGCGCUUCCCGUGGAGGAGAGGGACGCGGAGGCGGAGCUGGAAGUGAAGGGAUGGCGUGGGGAAGGGGUAAGCCUGAGGGAAUGGCAGGGUUGGGGAACCUCCUCACCCGUUCCGGCCAUGGUGACGAAGGUGAUUGACGAUCUGAAGGCUCUAGAGAAGGAGACGGAUGACCAGAUAACCUUUGGUGGCAUCGGCGGCAAGCUCCAGGUAUAAUUGUUGCCUCCGUCCCCUUUCUCUGUUUUUUUCUAAUCCUCUUGUAUAUUGGAUUUUUCGUUUUUGAGUGUAGAGAUGGAUUUCUAACUCUCCUAAGCGUGCUCUUCUUUCUGUCUUUGCGGAUGGAACGGAGCGUUCAUUUGUUGUCUAUGUUAGAAUCCGUGUCUUCUUAAGUAGUCAAAAAGAAAAUGGAUUAAAAACUUUUGGCUGCUCUAAGCUAACUCCCCUCUCCCGAUGCUCAUAGUAACUCUUUGCUGUUGACCUCUCGGUCCAUGCUUUUUCACCCUUCCUUCCUCCAACGUCAUGGUUAUUGCUUGUUUACAAGGAAAAAGGUGAGAGAUUAUUUAACUUGUCGACGUUUGGGAUCAGAAUCUCAGUAUUAUUAUUUUCUAUAUUUCCCAAUAGAUUUUGUUUUCGUUUAAGUUGGUUUCUUUGUUUUUUUUCCCCGUAAUUCUGCAUGACUGCCUUGAAAUUUUUCUUGUAGGGUAGCUUCAGGGUUCAAGAAGACAGAAAACAAAGAGGAGUAUACCGGUCACUACCUGAUUCUGAAAUGAAGAUGCAGUUCUAUGCGGCUCGGCAGAUAGCAUGUCGCUUGCUUGGAAGCAGAGGAUACCUUUGCCAGAAGGUGUUCGUGUUUUGUGAUCUAUAGUACAAUCAUUAUUGUGCUAGUCGUUAUUCUACUGAACUGUCUAUUUGGUUUUUUAAGAUGGCUUUGCUGCACAAUGGAUUUUUCUUUAAAAAAUUUCAGUUUGAUGGCUCGCUACAUCUCAGUAUUUAGCUGAGUGAAUUUUUAGUUGUAACUUCCUUUUAAUUAGAGAAAUAAAAAAUAUCUGCUCUCUAUUUUGAAUGCCGGAAGUUGAUAUUCAACAUUUUCUUAUUAUGAUAAAUAAAAUCAAAUUUAGGUGCUCCCAUACCAAAUCUUUCUUCUCUCCUUUUUUCCCCAUCAAUCAAAAUUCGCUUUGGUGGUUGGAUCUGAAGUUUCCAUUUGCAGGCACCUCCAUAGACACCCAAACUUUCCAUUAUGAACUCAGUGGUAUCUUUGGCAUAGACACCUUCUAUACCUCACCGUCUUGUGGUUGUUUUUUGAAGCCCUUUUUAUUCUAAAAUAUGAGCAUCGUUGACUUGUUGUAAUGAUUUGACUGUUUACUCAGUGUUUUUGCAUGAAUCUAUUGAAUUUAACAGAUGAUACGUGUGUAUAACAUAGUUCAUUUGUCUUUCCGUGGUACUUGGAGACAUUGUGGUCGAUUACAUACAUUUCAGGCCCUGAAUAGGUUUAGUACUUGCAGUGCUGGCUCGCUAUGGAAGAUUGCAUGUGUUCAAGAUUAGUCCCGUGCGCUUUGUGGAGUGGGAUCCGAUUUUGGUUGUACAUGCACCCAAAGGUACACGAACUUUUAAUUUGAUACUUGCUCCACUAACUAUUGUGCUUUUCUAGCUUGAGAGGGACUCAUGCUGUAGACAUUCUGUACUGCAGGAUUUCCUUCGGCAAAAUAAUACUGGAAAAUUGUUAUGGCAAGUUUUUGGCCUUCAGUCUGCAUCUUUAUGCCUGUUCGGCGUACACGAACAUGAAGAGACUAUGUGGGAUGCAUUUAAGCUUGUAGGUUGGUUACAUCACGAAUUUCGACUAUAAUAAGAUGACAUUAAACAAUUUAUGAGGACGAGAUAUCUUUCAUUUCAUCAUUUCUUUUUGUUUGUGUCAGGGUUUUAUUUCUAUUCGUGUCUCGUUGCUUCAUUUCAAAAUGAUUUUGCAGUAAGCUUUUAUGUCUUUCGAAAGGUCCAUAGUUUUUGUCCUUUCUUUUCUCUUGCUUCUUCAUGAAUCAUAUAGUUCUAACCCUAACGCUGUUCUUGUUCUGUGGUCUCCUCGUUUCCAUGAAGAAAACCAUAAUGGCUUCAGAGGCCAUCUUGAAAUCUCUCAUAGGGAAAGACACCAGUUGGUUCGGUUUUAGUCUACGGUUCGUCAUCCAGAAAAAAAAUAGAGAAAAAUUGUAUUUAUACGCAAGAUUACUACCAAUUGAUCUCAGUAACCUCAUGCAUUCCAAUUUACUAGAAACCGAUUGCCAAUAUGUAUCUGGCAAUUACUACCAACCCACCUAUAUGUAUUUAGGCGCAAUUUAAUUUGACUUAUUUAUCUCACCUGAUGAACCACCCAUUCCUCUAUUAGCUUCCACAUGAUUUUGUCAACUCUGUUCUUCCUCUCUUUAUUUAUUUUUGGGCAUGGUUUCACUCUUCAGAACACAUUCAAGCCUGCCAAGUCGAGUAUAACCAAGGGUUCCAUGUUUUUCAGGGAGGGACUUGGUUUGGGUCUUAUAUCCCAACAGGACCAGCACUCCGACGUCUGUUCAGGAUAUCUCACUUCAAGGGCUUUUUGAAAACUCAAGAGACCAAUUACCUCAGGUAUUUUUCUUCCAUAUCCUCUUCGUAAGCUAGUACUAUAUAAUUGAGCUUCAUCUCCACAAAGGAUUUAUCUUUAAUUUGUUACUCUGGUAGAUUCCAUCAUCAUCUCUUGACAAAGAUUUCUGUAGUUGUUCUUCACGUGUGAAUGGUAUAAGGACCAGAUAGGGAAGCAAAUUCGUCUGUAUAUACAUCAUUUACUCGCAUAGUGUAUUAUAAUUUAUGCUAGAUUUUUUCCCAAUUACUUUCUGUUAGAAAUUAGAAGGAUAGCAAACUAGGGUUACGAAGUGGGACCUAAUAUGGGCCUAAUGGGCCCAUUCUAAGAUGCCUUCCUAACAUUGGCUGCGUCAUGUCUUUGUGUAGGAUGGUCCCCAGAAGACCCUGAACUUUGUUCUUAUUGACGGCACGUGGAGCAACUCGGCUGCGAUGUACAGGCGGUUGAAGGUACCUCGAUGUUUUACUUCGAUUAAGAGAGAGAAAACCGUCUCUGAAUUGUUGAUCCUGAGAUUUAAUGGCAGCCGUCGCUUUACUUCGAUUAAGAGAGGGAAAACCGUCACUGAAUCACUACCAAUUGAUCUCAGUAACCUCGUGGAUGCCGCCGUUGACCCUGAGAUUUAAUGGCGGCUGGUCUACUUUGUUCCGAGGAAAUCACUCUCGCAUGUUUACCAUUGCUGGCAGGAGCAAGCGAAAGGGGUGUGGGGGGAGGAUGACCUGCCUUGCCUCUCUCUGUGCGCCCUGGGAGUGUCUCCCAUGCAUAAGCUAAGGUGAGUCAAACACAUGCUUUAUUUAUCACUUCUGUUAGAUAACCCCUUGGCCUGAGUCAACGCCAGGGGGGUGAGUUUGAUUAUCCAAAACCCAAAAAGUCAACUGAAUCACACAGAUGGAACACUACAACACUCACCGCUGACUGGUUUUGGAAUUAGAUGGUCUAAUAGUACUCCAGCAAACCUUAGAUUGGAUAGAUCGUGAAAGCUCAGUGCCCGGUCUCAUGUCUGCGUUGCACAAAAGUCAGCUCAUAUGUCACUUAAGAGGGUAUAAGUAGAGCUGACGCAUAGAAACGGGCCGUCGACCCUCCCGUAGGUCAACGAGCUAUUAUUCCACUCAUUUACCGAUUAGUUCUUGUGUUAGAUGGCCCAAAAUCUUAACGCUUUUUUAAUGUGGCAAAUGAAAUGCUUCUGGUUGAAGGCCGCAACCGGCGUGGGAUCACACCUGCACGGCCGCAGCCGCCCUCGGGCUGCUGUCGGAGCUGCACCUUCGCCCUGGCCUGGGCUCGUAUGCGUUGGACGAACCGGCGAGGGCUCUGGAGAACGCGCUGGACGUCUUGCUGGACGCUCUCACUGCCCGGCGCGUGCGGAAGGGCAGGUCCAUCACCCGCAGGGAGAGGAACCACCUUUUCUAA